ACAGCCUCCACCAGUCAGCAGCAGCAUUACAGCGAGCUCCAAGCGUCUCCUCCGCUGUAUAGCCAAGGGUUUGUUCCCCGAUACACGCAGACUCCAGAAAACGCUUGUACCUGUCUCCAGUAUACCUGCACAGGAAGCCUCGCACACCGAGAGGCACUUUGAUAGCGACCGGACUCACGCUGACUGUUCCUUUCUGUAUGUUUUUAUUUAUGUUUUAUAUAUAUAUAUUAAGAGCACCUGUCCUGUCCUACCGCAAGAGGAACAUCUGAGUACUGAGCUCCAGCACCUGCCGCGAAUUGUUCUGCAUUUAACCUACAGUGAUCCUAAACGAAAUCCUGAAAGAGAUGCGGAGAGGCUUUCUUCCCUGCGGGUCCUCCUGAGCGUCCGGCUGGAAGGGUAGCCGCUGUGUCCCGGGGAGGAUGCUGCACAGGCUGAAGACGCAGUCCUGAAGAUUGAUGGAGGGCCAUGCUAUUCAAACAGCAGGCACUGCUGACACAGAAGCUCUUCGUUCUGGGCAGCCUUGCUAUUGGAAGUGUCCUCUAUCUUGUGGCCAGGGUAGGGACUUUGGAUAGGCUACAACCAGUUUGUCCCAUUGAGAGCAGACUGCACCCACCUGAGCCAGAGCAAAUCACACUCCGCACCUUGCAGUUUAAGCGUGGCCUACUCCAUGAACUACGUAAGGGCAAUGCGACCAAAGAGCAAAUCCGUCUGCACAACUUGGUCCAGCAGCUGCCUCAGGCCAUCAUCAUCGGGGUGCGCAAAGGUGGCACCCGUGCUCUGCUGGAAAUGCUCAACCUGCAUCCAGCAGUGGUCAAGGCCUCGCAAGAGAUUCACUUCUUUGACAAUGACCAAAAUUAUGCCCGGGGCAUUGACUGGUACAGGGGGAAGAUGCCCUUCUCUUUCCCUCAUCAGAUCACUAUUGAGAAGAGCCCUGCCUACUUUAUCACAGAGGAGGUCCCUGAGCGCAUCUUCAAGAUGAACUCCUCCAUCAAGCUGCUGAUCAUCGUUCGCGAACCUACUACCAGAGCUGUGUCCGACUACACCCAAGUGCUAGAGGGCAAGGAGCGCAAAAACAAGACCUACCACAAGUUUGAGAAUCUGGCCAUUGACACCAACACCUGUGAGGUGAACACAAAGUACAAAGCUGUCCGGACCAGCAUUUACACCAAACACCUAGAGCGUUGGCUGAAGUACUUUCCCGUGGAGCAGUUCCACAUAGUUGAUGGGGAUCGCCUUAUUACGGACCCACUACCAGAGCUGCAGCUCGUCGAGCGCUUCCUCAAUCUGCCCUCCAGGAUCAGUCAAUAUAACCUGUACUUCAAUGCCACCAGGGGAUUUUAUUGUCUGCGAUUUAACAUUGUCUUUAACAAGUGCCUGGCAGGCAGCAAGGGCCGCAUCCAUCCUGACGUGGACCCAUCUGUAGUGACUAAGUUGCAGACAUUCUUUCAUCCUUUCAAUCAGAAGUUUUACCAAAUCACUGGUAGGACAUUCAACUGGCCAUGAUGAAUAUGGAACUCAAUGAGACAGUUGGUGUUUAAAAAUGAGCCAAUCUAUAAGAACUCAAAGGAUAUUUAUAGCACUUUGAAUUUAUUACAACAAUGACCGUAUGACCAAAUAAACAAGGAACUUGAUGUAAGUAUUUUUUUUUGUGUGUAUGUGAAAAGAAUUUGAUGGCAUCAACAUCCAUGCUGUUGAUAGGUAAGCUUUAUAUGUGAUGCUUUUAUUCAAGAUAAAACCCCUUCAAAACAAAAUAUGACAGCUGCUAAAUAACUAAAUAUUUCAUCCCCCAUCAUGUUGUUUACUUGACCAAAACUGCAUGUGCAAUCCAGAAGCAAUUAUAACAUAAUAGACUCUUGUGUUAGUUGUCUCUUGUUUUUCAUCGUCUUUUAUUUAAUACCUGCUGUGAUCAACCCAUUAGAAUAUGGCGUCUUUUAAUUCUUAACACAGAUCAAGUAUGAAGAACAGACAAGGUUUAUCAUAAAAGAUUUAAUGUUUUGAGUUCGACUGUCACAUUUUAUUUUUUAAAAAAUCAUAAAAAAAAGUAUUUAACUUCUGCUAUUCACGGAGGUAUUCUGUUUUUUCCCCUACACUUUCUCAUUGGUUUUCCAAAAGUCCUACAAAAAGCCAUAGUGGGAAAAAAAAAUCCUUUGAUGAUUCCUGUCAAACCAACUGUUUAUUCUAUGAUGUUUAACAAAACCUGUCUGUUUCUGUGCAAAUAUCCAUUCUGUAUCAUAUGUGUGCUGUUAAAAAAUGUUAAAUUAAAAAAACAUUAAACCAAUGGCAUCUUUGCAUUAGGGGCAGGUGGAGCACGGCCCCACCACAGGGCACUGCUGUGCAGGGGAUUAUUAUAAGCUUUUAUAAGUUUUCCUGUGUCAAAAAUAUUGUUGGGUAUAAGUUAAUAAAUAAUAAACUUUGUCUCCAAUGAAA